UACAAUGUGGCGCUGCGAGGUCCUCCUGCUCUCACAGGGCGCAUGAGAGCCGCUGCAAGCCGGAGCAGAGAGAUUCCCAGUCAGUGCUGAAGUCAGUCUACCUCCCACAGCCACCAUGAGAGUCCUCCUGCUCCUCUGCAUGCCAGUCCUGCUGCUCGGCCAGGCUCAGUACCAGGAACCCUUUCCAUUUCUGGAGGACUACGGGCCGGAUUACUUCCCAGAGACUCCAGAGUCCGACAAUCUUCCGGGAACGUUCCAGCAGCAGGUUCGACAGGAACCAGUGGUCCGUCCAGAGAAAUCAGGGUCUGAUUUGGAGACGGAGCCCACGGAGCCCGGCCCUCUCGACUGCAGAGAGGAGCAGUAUCCCUGCACCAGGCUCUACUCGGUCCACAAGCCGUGCAAGCAGUGCCUCAACAACCUCUGCUUCUACAGCCUGAGACGGGUGUACGUCAUCAACAAGGAGAUCUGCGUGCGGACCGUGUGCGCGCACGAGGAGCUGCUCAAAGCGGACCUGUGCCGGGACCAGUUCUCGCGCUGCGGCGUGGCGGCGCUGAGCGGACAGUGCUCGUCGCUCGGCGGCAGCUGCGGGAGGAGCUGCGGGGCUGCUGAUGAUAUCGGGGGACUUCACCUGCCCAGAUGCACUGCCGCCAUUCUCGUCUUGGUCCUCCUUGUGUCUCCUCCCUCCCGUCCUCUGUAG